CUCUCAGUCACACUCGGCCGUUCUCCAAAGUAGGAUAGCCGCUGCUCUCCUCCUCCGGCGGCGCCGUUCGAUAUAAUAUUAUAUUUCCGCGUUGUCGCCCUCGUCCAUUCAUUCGGCCCUUGUCCUGCCGACCGACCGUCGCGUUUGCCGCACUUCCCAAAGGGCAUCUAAUGACCUGACUCGCUGAUUGGCCCUCUGGUUGAACAUGAGAGAAGUCAAGCCCGUGAACGGCUGGCGGCUCGUCUGCCUGCUCUUCGUCAUCUUCCAUCUGGUGGGCUCCUCUCGAACACACCGAGAGCACAAGGUGCACAACAUCGUGCUCUACCCUGGCAAGCACUCGUGGUGCAAAACCACCCCCAUCAAGCAGGUGGUGGCGUGGCCCGGCUGCGUGGCCAAAGAGAUCGACAACAAUGUGUGCGUGGGCGCGUGCUUCAGCUACACGAUCCCGCAGACCCAGCCCAGUGCACCGGGUGACGUCAUCUCGCCCUACUGCGACUCCUGCCAGGCCAGUGAGGUCACGUGGAUUGAUGUGACUUUGGACUGCGAGACGGAGGACACUGAGUCCAAAACGUUGGAGCAGCCGACAGAACAGCCGUUGGAGCAGCAGAACAGCACACACCAGUACGUGCAGAUGACCAAGAAGGUGCAGAUCAUCGCCAACUGCAGCUGCAGCUCGUGCUACAGUGGCCACCACGGCCACGGCCACCACCAGUCGCAUCUCAGCGCUCAGCACCAAGAACAGGAAGUGCCCGAACUGAUGCACCAACAACCAGACGUGCCAGAGCUGAUGGGUCUCGUGCAGGAGAUGCAGACGAGAAAGUUGUCCGGCAGCUCCGGACACGCAGGGCUUCACCCGCACCUCAGGGCUAAUAACCACACCCUGCAUCGAUUACUGGCUGAGACAAAUCUUUCUGAAGGUGACAUUGCUCAUCACUUUGGUGCACAAAUCGGUGCAGAAGAAGAGGAAGAGGAGGAGACUCCGGAAGAAGAAACGGAGCACACAAGUCCCUCGGCUGAGCCGCCGCCGGACGCGACGUUCAACGCGGCGGCCGAGUCGCUUUCACUGCCCAAGUCAGCGUUCGAGCACUCCGGCGGCCACCACGGCCGGCCGCAUCACGGCCACGGUUUCCACCAUGGCACGACCCACUUAGAGGUGGCGCACGAAAAACUGCACCCCGCACACGAGGGCACUGAGGUCAGCUACCACGAAAACCUGAUCAACCCCGAGCCCAGCCAGGACAGCACCCACGAAGACCAAAGCAAGGGAAAGUUUUGAGAGUAAAGAAAGGAGCUGCUGAAAUGAAGAUUGCAAGCAUUCAAUUACCAAGUUAGCGCAACGAAUAACCCUCCGAGCUUGGCUUCAUUUAAAUAUAAUAACACACAAGGAUAACAUACAUAUAUUUACAUCUCUCUGUACUCUCUAUUCAUUCUAAAGCAGCACAUUAAUAGACUUUAGGACAUAUCAACUAAUAUCCAUACCAAAUAUGUGCAGAAAUUAAUUAUUAAUGUACGCCGAAUGGAGCUCCUUACGAUAUAAAUUUGCAAUUUUCAUGUAAGUACCAAAUAUUCUACUAACGCAAUCAAAAUUACGCCUUACAAAUUAAUUCUUACGCCCUUUGUUAUUAUUUUAUACAUGUAUAACUAUUUUAUACAAUCAGCGGAAAGAAGCAUGAUUAUUAUAAUAAAUUACAUGAUGUAUUUUACGUAGUCUAGCCUUUUCACACAAAUUAUCUGCUUGAUUUCUGUUUAUUGUACUUCUAUAAAUAAUAUUCUUGCUCACAAAGAGAGGCUUGUAAUUGAUUAGGUAGUUAGGCUAGUAGAUUGUAAGAGAAAGCGACGCUGAAAGAUUCUUACUCGAGGCUGUGCAUGAUAUGUUUUUAAUAUGUCUACGUUUUGUGGGAAAAUCCGUAUUGCAGACGAGCGUGUGGUCAAUUGUGCGUUUUCAUGAAUUGUGUCUCUCGUGAUUAUGAAAGGAGAAUCGCACACACUCACCCAUGAUAUGAAAGAAUAAAACCGCAAUUGAAUUUUUUUCAAA